AUGGACGUCGUGGUGCACAAGAAUCUUCGCGCUAGCCAAAGAAUGUAGGUCUAUUCUGUCGAAAAGUAUACUGUAUAUCAAAAGUCUGUAAGAGAUAGCAGUGGUUGUCAACAGAAUUGAAUUGUUCCAGCAAAGUGCCACAUGCGUUUGAAUUGAUGAAACUGGAACUCAUCUUCUCCUUUAAGUAAUUAAGAUGACUGCUGUACAAUAUGACCUGGACACAUCUGGUGGAUUAAUGGAGCAAAUCCAAGCAUUAAUUGCACCACCAGUAUGUGAAGAGCCACCGAGGAAACAUAGGAGAACUGAUAGGGAACGUCGACGUACAGGACGUGCAACAAAUCGUGACACAUGUGAUAGCUGCCGUGAGGGUGGAGACCUACUGUGUUGUGACAGAUGUCCAGCAGCUUUUCAUUUAACUUGCUGCAAUCCACCUUUAGAAGAAGACAAGCUUCCGCAUGGUGAAUGGCUUUGUCAUCAAUGCACAGUUACCCCAAAGGAGGGUGAUGAUUCCUCAUCAAACACAUCAAAAUCAGACAAAAUUAAAGUUUUAGUGCCAGAGAUAGGCAAACCUGUUGUGAAAAUAGUACCUAUGAGGCUUAAUGAUAGACUAAUGGCCCAAGGCAAAUCUUGUUUAAGAUUGGUCCAGCUACAGGCCUAUGAAGAAGCAAAAAAGGAGAAGGAGGGCUUUGAGAGGCAGCUGUCAGGCGAGUCUCUUGCCAUUAACGACACAGAAAAAGUGGAAAGUCAGCUGCCUGAGGACUUUGUGAAUCCUUUUGAUAUGCUUGUUAAAGCAGCGGCUGUUCAGAACCCCAAACAGUUCUCAGUCCCUCCAGAAUUUAUGACAAAUGCACCUUUACCAGGUUCCAGUUGUAAAAAACGUAGAGAAGAUGCAGUGAAGAAGAAACCAUAUGAACUUGAAAAUGGAAUGGUUCCCCUUCCUGCGAGAGUAUGUUUCAGGUGUAAAAAGAGUUGCAGAAUAGCUCCACUAAUUCAGUGUGACUACUGCCCUCUGUUGUUUCAUCAAGACUGUCUGGAUCCCCCUUUAACAAUGAUGCCAACAGGACGAUGGAUGUGUCCAAAUCACCCUGAGAAUUUUGUGCCUGCUUACUUUGGACCAAGCUUUACUAAAAGGUGCAAGAUUUACAACCAGUUUCAUGGUCAAGUUCACCAAAAUGCCAUCAAGAUACAAUUCCUGAACAAAGUCCACAGCAGCUUCAAACCGAAUAAACGCAACACAGUACCACGAAGGAAGGCAAUGAAGGUUCCAGAGUCUGUGAAAGCACAGUAUUCAAGUCCUCCACACCUGUUGCCUAGGCCUAAUCAGGAACGGUUGCAUCAGCCUACAUCACCUGAAGAAAAGCCACACUAUACGCCUGAAGAAGCAGAAGAAUGGUUAAGAAGUGUUGUACUACUACAGAGUAGCAUAGCAAGGUAUAUUGAAAAGAGGAAAUUACCUAAGGAUCGUAUCAAGCCAAAGAUUAUCACUGCAUCAAGUUUAAACAAGUCAAACAAUGUGAUUAGUGUGAAAAAUGUUCAAACAAAGGGAGUGAACCUGGCAACAAUUGGACUGAACAAUGCCAAUAUCACGCACAACGGACAGGACGAAAAAGUGUCCCUUAAGCUCGAGAACACUCAGCCGAUUUGUACGGAGAACGGAACGAAUUGUACGGAUUUACAAAAUGGCAUACUGAGUGGCAAUAAGUUUGAGCAUGGGACACGGGGGCAUGACAGAGGGGGUAGUGACAUAACCCCCAGCAGCUCAAGUGUAGCAGUAAAGCAAGUGAAACAAUUAUAUAGUGUUAAUGAUACACAUAGAACUACAAGCGGUGCUAAUUCAUUUGGUAAAAGCAAUGUAAACACUAUGAAAGUGUACCAUCCAGGAAAUAAGUACGCUGUACGUGUAAAUACCUUGUCAGCAGGUGGUGGGAGGGAAUCAACAAAUACAUCAUCCCAUAAUGUAUCAAGUGCAUGCCCAAUGUCAAUGUCAAGUGCAUGCCCAAUGUCAGGCAAAUCAAAUACAGGUGGUACAACAGUAACUAAGAUAACACCUGCAUCGUUGAGUUCAUCACCAGCUAUCAUAAAUCUCAAUUCUUCCUUACAGUCAUGCAUUGAUGGAACGACAGAGGUCGAACUGAGUAAACUUGACGACAAGUUAAUUCAAAUUUUAGCAUUCCAAAGACUACAACAACUUCUACCUUCAAAGGACACCAGUAAGAAACAAACCAAUAACGUGCCAGUAAGUACACCAGCCAGUUCACCGCCUGUUAAGUCAACGAUACGAGCAAGAGCUUUGCUUACUCCUAUUAAUAACAAAGCCAAAGCAGUGAGCAUGUGCUACCGAUCACUCCAUAUUGGAUCAGGUAGUGAAAUGCAUGUUUGCUUAUCAAACUUUGGCCAUUGUAACUACAUAUCUCCAAAACAUGCCUGUAUUUUUUAUGAUGAGGUAAGUCGACAGUAUGAAUUACUGAAUUACAGUGAGCAUGGUACAACAGUGGACAAUGUACUCUACUCGUGUGAUUUUUCUGAGAAGUUGACUUCGGCUCAGACGGCUUCGGAAGUUUACAGCCCUGUGCAAGACAUCAUCAAAAAAAUGAAAAAGGAACAAAAUAUGGAAGAGGAAAAGAAAACUAGAAUGUGUAGUCUCAAUGCCUCUCAUUUCGAUAAGGCCUGUAACUGCAAGACUAGUUCAUCAACAUUUAUAGGGGGCAGUGGUGCAGGGUGGGAAGGCACAGCAGUCCUGCACCAUGGCAGCUUAAUUCGAAUUGGAUGUUUGCAAUUUAUAUUUAGCGUAACUGAUGCUGGUUCGAUGCUAGAGAAAUCAGCUAAUGAGAAGUCACAUAUUUUUCCAUUGAAAUCUUAAAGGGCAAAAUGUAUUCAAGGUUGUUGCAUCUAUGGUUUGUACUUCAAACAAUCGCUAAUUGAUUUUCUGUUUUCUUGCGCUUUUAUGACGUUUGCAGCAAGACGGAAAGCUGCAUCCCUGUGUCCAUGCUGAAAACCAUGAUUUGGUAUCUCUUGGUCUUUGGCCAAAAAAUAAUUAAAAAUUUUUAAGUUACUUUGCCACUUGUGAUUUAACAUGUACCUUCUGUAAGCUAUCCGUCCUAAGUGCUUUUAACAAGAAUAUUCUGAAGAAGAAAAGUAGCCAGUUUUGUUUUUUGUACAUGAGAAUUGCUUGUAGAAGCUGUGUUAAUGAAUUUUUGUAAUGGACAUUAUUGUGAGGCAAAUUGUGGAAGAAAAUGAAAUGAUAACUGCUGGCAGUAAUGUAUUCAUAUUAGAAUGUGAAGACCUCGUUAUUAUUAUUUUUAUUAUUGCUAUACAACAAAUAUUAUUAUUUUAUUGUUAAUAUUUUUAUAAUUAUCAAUUUUUACAGUUGAUUAAUAAUUUCAAAACAGCUGUAAAUUAUACAUUUAAAUUCAGGAAUCUUUAAAUGUCACCUUUAAAUAGCUAAAUGAAGGAAUUAUUACUGUUUAGAAUAAUUUAGGAUGUAUUUUGGUGAAGAUCAAUUUUUAUAAUGUCUGGCUUGCAGUGGCUGGCAUCCCCAUGCUUUGUUAUCCUUGUGCUUUGUUAUUUCUUUUUUUUUUUAUCAUUUGUUCCUCAUUAUGUUUGUUAUGCCUGCCUUCCCUGUAAGCUAAUGCUAAACUUGUCUGCUCAAAUGCACAAUUUAAUAGGGUUUUCCUUUGAAAUCAAUCAGAUUAUAUAGAAUGAUAUUUAUACAUAUGUAUAAUGAUGAACACAGGUGGAAUACAAAAUAUUUAAAAAGUGCUUUUUUUCUGCAGCACAAUACUAACAUUAUUUAUGAGAAAUGCAAACAGUUUUAAAACCUAGAAGAAUAUGAAUGUUUUAAAAAAUGCAUAUUUCUCAUAUCUGUUAAACUAGUAUUACAAAUUCUAGGAAUUUGUAAUGCAAAUGCAACGAGAAAUCAAGUAAAAGACCAUUCAUUGAUGAUUCUUGUGUGGUGUAGCAUCCAUUGGCUAUUUUUUUUUACCAGUUAAUCAUAAAGUUGAGAAAGAUAUACAAAUAAAAACACCAUAUGUUAAUAUCUUGUAAAUAA